GAUGAUGAUGAUGAUGAUGAUGAUGAUGAUGAUGAUGAUGAUGAUGACAAUUGGCUCGAGGACGACAUGCGCACAAGACGAGCGCCUAGCCAACUACGACACUACAAACUCCCUCGAGAUGCUAGUCCACCUGAGCCCGAAGAUAAAUUUCCUUCUCAUGGUAAGUCCUUUAUGGAAUUAUUUUCUCGGUUUCGUCUCCCCCCCCCAGCCCGGACAAACGCAACAUUUUUUUUCUACCAACCCGCAUGUUGGUAGCCUGUACCUAUUACGCAUUUAUCUGGCUGUGGCUAACAGGCAUCGGCCCCACUAUUCAUAUCAACUCUCGGUCUUAAGACUGAUCAGAAGACACUACUGGAAUUUUCGUUUUCUCCAUCCUCCCCUCUACAGCAUGGUUUUUUAA